UGGCGCUGUUACACAUCAGCGGACAGAGUCGAGGGCAUAAGCAACUUUGUUGUGGAAGUUAUUAUUUCUGCUUUUGGGAUAAAAUGACAAAGAUGGCGAGCGGCAGCAGCCGGUUGGUGAUGAGGGCCAUCAGAGUGAGUGAGUUUGGAGCUCCGUCCGUCCUAAAACUGUGCUCUGAUGUCCCCGUGCCCCAGCCUGGACACAGACAGGUGUUGAUUCGUGUCCAUGCCUGUGGUGUGAACCCUGUGGAAACCUACAUCCGUGCUGGGGUGUACAGCCGUAAGCCCACCCUGCCAUAUACACCAGGCACAGAUGUAGCUGGAGUGGUGGAGAAUGUUGGAGAAGGAGUGGUUUCAGUCAAGGCAGGAGAUCGUGUCUUCACCACAGCCACCGAAUCGGGAGCUUAUGCAGAGUUCACUGUGGCAGCAGACGAGUCUGUUCACAAACUGCCUGAUGCCUUAGAUUUCACACAGGGAGCAGCCGUAGGCAUCCCUUACUUCACUGCCCACAGAGCUCUGAUUCAGAAAGGCCGCUCCAAGGCUGGAGAGACUGUUCUCAUCCAUGGAGCAAGUGGAGGGGUGGGCGUUGCUGCAUGCCAGUUGUCCCGUGCCCUCGGUCUGAAGGUGUUGGGAACAGCAGGGACGGCAGAAGGAAUGAAGCUGGUCUUGAACAAUGGGGCCCACGUGGUAUUCAAUCACAGAGAAGAGGGAUACACCGAGAAAAUCCUGGAGGCCACAGGGGGCAGAGGUGUUGAUGUGGUAGUGGAGAUGCUGUCAAACAUCAAUCUGAGCAAAGACCUCCAGAUGCUGGCAUAUGGAGGACGUGUGAUGGUUGUUGGCUGCAGGGGCACUGUGGAGAUCAACCCCAGAGACACCAUGGCGAAAGAGAGCAGCAUCACAGGAGUGGCUCUUUUCCAUGCGACAAUGGAGGAGAAGAAGGAGAGUGCAGCGUUUAUCUACGCAGGAAUGGAAGCUGGCUGGCUGCGUCCAGUCGUUGGUCAACAAUACCCACUUGACAAAGCCUCUCAGGCUCACCAUGAUAUCAUCGAGUCUCCUGGAGCAGCGGGAAAAAUGGUCCUCCUGCCAUAAGAAGAGAAGAAUUCCUGAAAACAAAAGAACUGGCUCAAUAAUUGCUGGCUGUAUUUGUGUGACCCACACUUACAAUAAAUAACACUGUAAUCAUUGUUUUAUUAAUUAUUUAUUGAUUUGGCUUUUUAAAUAAUAAAAUCCAUUUGUCGUUA